UGUUAUCGAUAGCGGACCGUCUCUAUUAAGCCAUAACCUUGAUUAUUAUUUUUAUUUGUUUCCUGCUUUAAAACCCAAAACAUUAGAUAAAACAGUUUGCAAACAUGACCAACAAUAAUGCGACGGCGGAGGCAGCCAGCUCCAGUCGGGCUGGCGGCAGCAAACAGCAGCCAAAACUGGAAAUCACCGAGAAAGUUCGUGUCCUAUGCCUGCAUGGAUACCGCCAGAACGGGGAGGCCUUCAAAAGCAAGCUGGGAUCUUUUCGCAAGUUCGCCUCCAAGUACGCUGAGUUUGUGUUUAUCACGGCGCCGCACGUGGCCGCUGCCCUGGAGUCGGCGGCGGAGCCUGUGCCUGAGCAGAGAAGCUGGUGGGCGAAUAAGGACGAUGGAACCUUCAAGGGGACAAACAAGGGAGGGCCCGCCUUUGGCUUCCAGGAGAGCCUGCGCCUUGUCGAGGAGGCGUGGCGUACGCAGGGUCCAUUUCAGGGACUGCUGGGCUUCUCACAGGGGGCCUGUUUCGUGGGCCUAAUUUGCGGACUGGCCAAAAAGAAGUUGACCUCAAUCCGGCCGGAGUUUGCGGUGCUCUCCUCUGGAUUCUUGUCCGGCAGCUUGGUACACAUGAGCGCCUACGAGGAGGCCAUCACCAUACCCACGCUGCACAUCUACGGCCAGACAGAUGAGAUCAUUCCCAAGGAGAUGAGCGAAUCCCUGGCUGCGCACUUCAAAAGCCCAGAGUUGCUGGAGCACAGUGGCGGGCACUACUUCCCGGCGACGGCGCAGCAAAAGCAGACGUUUAUUAACUUCUUCCAGGACCGACUGCAGGAGUUCUUGGAGCACCAGGAGCUGCAGCAGAGCGGCAAUGCCUCAUUCGUGGACAGCGGAGCGGAGGACGACAACGACGCCGAAGUGGCCGCAAUGACGGCCGAGCUGGACGAGAGUGAUUAGCCGGUGGACGGGGGUUUUUUCGUUGGUUUUUAAUAAUAAUUAAAUCUUAUUAUUACAAAAAUAAUGAUUUGAUUAUAAAUUAUAAUAUAAUUAGAUCCCAAUAUUCUUGAAAUAUUCCCUCUGCUUACGAAGGAUCAAGCGGAUCGGGUAUUGAAAUUGCUGCACGUUCGCUCAGUUCGCACAUUUACUUUUUAUGACUUUGUGUAUUUUCUCAACAAAUUCGUAUAAAUUCCAUUAAAAAGAAACAAAACAA